ACGCUUGGAUUGAGCAUAUUUUUAUCAAAAUUUGAGGUGGCCGGGGUCUUCUUAACAUUUACCAUACUUUUUGCAGCAUUCGAAUGAGAUCUUUUAUCACUUAUAGAUUGGAAGAUCGCAAAAAAUAAAUAAUGAAUGAAGAAAUGGUUCCUAUAAUUAUUUUUGCUCGAGAAAUGUUUUUUGACGACAGUGAGGACGAAGGUAAAAACUUAAAUAUUCCAAAAGUUUACGAAUAUGCAGAAGAAAUUUUUCCACGAUUCUCAAAUAAAACAUUUCAAAUGCACUUCCGAGUAACACCCGAUACUUUCGAAGAUCUGCUUACAAAAAUUCAUAGCAUUAAGGAGAAUUAUAAUAAUGUUGGACAGAAACCACUUUUAUUAGAAAAACAACUAAUGAUUACUAUUUGGUGUUUGGCAAAUAUUGAAUCUUUCCGAUCAGUAGCCGAUCGUUUUGGUAUUAGCAAAAGUACUUGCUGGGAUGUAUUAUAUAGAACCUGUCAAAGCAUACUGCAAGUUAAUAUUAGAUAUAAAAUUAUAUCAUGGCCAAAUAGAGAACGCGCUCAAAAGAUAAUGAGAAAAUUCGAAGAAAUUAAUGGCUUUCCUAGAAUUAUCGGAGCCAUAGAUGGAUCUCACAUCCGUAUAUUAAAACCAAAAAGUAAUCCAAAUUCUUAUUGUAAUAGAAAAAAUUAUCAUUCUGUUCUUUUACAAGGUGUAUGCGAUAGUAACAAAUUAUUCCUAGAUGUUUAUACAGGAGAGCCAGGAUCUAUUCAUGACAUGAGAUUAUUCAGAAAAUCUGAUUUAUAUGAAAGAAUAAAUAACUCAUUAAUUGAUUUUCCCGAAGAUAGCCAUCUAGUAGGAGAUUUGGCUUAUAAGUUAUUUCCAUUUCUAUUAGUUGGCUUUAAAAAUGUUGGUAGAUUAACUAACAGAGAGAAAAAUUUUAAUGAGAAAUUAUCACAAUGUCGUGUAAACAUAGAGAAUACAUUUGCUUAUCUUAAAGGACGAUUCAGACGCAUAAAAUACCUUGAAACCGUUAGACUUGACCUAAUUUGCUUAUUAAUCGUUUCUGCAUGUAUUAUGCAUAACGUUUGUAUUUUAAAAGGAGAUUUACCUGAAGAAUUUAUAAAUGAGGUAGAAUUAGAAGAUGCAAAAGAAGAAAAUGAAUUUCCGGCAAACGUCAACGAAGAACAAGAACAUAACGAAGCUUUAUUGAAAAGGAUAGAAAUUAUGAAUGUCCUUCCUAUUUAA